AUGACUUCAGAUUCGCAAUCAGAACGGCCGACAUGGACUGUGACGCGAAGAGAGCGUACAGAACUCUCGCCUUUACGGUCAACUUCUCCAUUUCAAUCAAGAACGGUGACUACCACUGAACGGGUUCAAAUUUUACAAAUGCCUAUCACACUCACAGAGGAACAGAUCGCUCCAGCUCGGUUUUUAGCACUCUCACCACAUGGGAAUACUAGCCAAUCAGUCUCUUCGACUGUGACAACGAUGCAGGCGCAAGGAGCACCUCUGGUCUCUGGUAUCACGGCCAAUGGUGUACCGCUUUUCAAUGGAAUACUUCUUUGCCCUGAAGAGAGGCAUACAACAACCAUUAUUACCACUACAACUACGACCUACAGAAUGAUAGAGGUAAGCGAUAGCGACUCGUUGUCAGAUGAUUUCGAAGUUGUCGACGACAGUGCCUUGACGGUGGAUGUAUCGCUUGUGCCAUCAAGAACUACCUCCCCUCAGUAUAUGAUAGUAGGGAAAACGGAAUCAGAACCUCCGCUUUCUCCUGUUGCGAAAUCGAGGGUGAAUAUUGAUCUCGAGCUAGUACCCAAGGAGAUAAGCAGAGCAACAGAACUGGAGGAAAAGCCCAUAAUGGAAAUGGUCAAUGUAUAUCACAGUGGUAUAUCAGGGCAGUAUGGAGAUGGAUCCGAUGCUCCCGAUGUUUUAGCUGAAAGAUCAUCCGAAUUAUAUGGUAGUGACCAGAUUCCAUCGACAAGUGAUAGUGAAAUAACAGUAAAUGUACCCAGCAGUGGUGACCUAAAAACAAUAAGCACAUCUUCCGAAGAUGAAGAUAUUGUCAUCGUCGGCGCUGACAUGGUGGAACUAAUCACAAGUGGAAGUUCUAUAAACGAAGAAAGACGAGGAAGCGGAGAAAACCGAGCUUCUCGCAUGGAGUACUUCGACCUACAGAAAUCACCCCUCAGUGAAGGACAACAAGAGGAUUUCGAACAUGUUGAAAAACCUUCCAAAUAUCAUGGAUUUCCAUCAACAGCGGCUUACAAAGGCCCACUCGAUAGCACUUCCCCUGUAAAGGACUUGGAAGAUGAACCGAUAACUCACCAUGUCAGCGUAUAUCACAAUGGGCGAUCCGACGAGCCCUUUACAUCAAAAGAAAAAACAAGCGACUCCACAGCAAACAUUGCAAGGAUGCUAGGUGAUAAGAUAAUGAGUUUGUUCGCAAAACAAAAUAUCAUUCCUGAAUAUCCAACGUCAGAACCCUACGAAGGUCCACUCGAGGACACGAAGAAGCGAGAAGACAUUGAAUCUCAGCCGCUUCACACUAUUGUCACCGUGUACCACAGUGGACGGUCCGAUGUUCCUCAAGAACCAAUCACACGAGCGGUUCCCGUGGAAACUGUUCCAACCAAGGACAUGUACUACGAUUACCCUACCACUGAAGUCUACGAGGGACCGCUGGAUAGCACCACCCGCGUAACGGACAUUGAAGGUGAGCCGCUCACCUAUCACGUUAGCGUCUACCACAGCGGAAGAUCUGACGAACCAGCACCGAAACCCGAAGAAGAGCAGCCGCUCGAUAUUGCUGAAGCAGCAAAGACCCUUGGUGAGAAGAUCACUGGCUUGUUCAAGAGAGGCCCUGCUCACCUUGACUACCCAGUAUCAGAGAUCUAUGAAGGACCACUCGACAGCACGAACCGCACCACUGACAUUGAAGGUGAACCACUCACACACCAUGUCAGCGUAUAUCACAGCGGAAGAUCUGACGAGCCAGCACCGAAACCCGAAGAAGAGCAGCCGCUCGAUAUUGCUGAAGCAGCAAAGACCCUUGAGAUCUAUGAAGGACCACUCGACAGCACGAACCGCACCACUGACAUUGAAGGUGAACCACUCACACACCAUGUCAGCGUAUAUCACAGCGGAAGAUCUGACGAGCCAGCACCGAAACCCGAAGAAGAGCAGCCGCUCGAUAUUGCUGAAGCAGCAAAGACCCUUGGUGAGAAGAUCACUGGCUUGUUCAAGAGAGGCCCUGCUCACCUUGACUACCCAGUAUCAGAGAUCUAUGAAGGACCACUCGACAGCACGAACCGCACCACUGACAUUGAAGGUGAACCACUCACACACCAUGUCAGCGUAUAUCACAGCGGAAGAUCUGACGAGCCAGCACCGAAACCCGAAGAAGAGCAGCCGCUCGAUAUUGCUGAAGCAGCAAAGACCUUCGGAGACAAAAUCACCGGAUUAUUCAAGAGACGGCCAACAAUUCCAGACUAUCCAACGUCAGAACCCUACGAAGGUCCACUCGAGGACACGAAGAAGCGAGAAGACAUUGAAUCUCAGCCGCUUCACACUAUUGUCACCGUGUACCACAGUGGACGGUCCGAUGUUCCUCAAGAACCAAUCACACGAGCGGUUCCCGUGGAAACUGUUCCAACCAAGGACAUGUACUACGAUUACCCUACCACUGAAGUCUACGAGGGACCGCUGGAUAGCACCACCCGCGUAACGGACAUUGAAGGUGAGCCGCUCACCUAUCACGUUAGCGUCUACCACAGCGGAAGAUCUGACGAACCAGCACCGAAACCCGAAGAAGAGCAGCCGCUCGAUAUUGCUGAAGCAGCAAAGACCCUUGGUGAGAAGAUCACUGGCUUGUUCAAGAGAGGCCCUGCUCACCUUGACUACCCAGUAUCAGAGAUCUAUGAAGGACCACUCGACAGCACGAACCGCACCACUGACAUUGAAGGUGAACCACUCACACACCAUGUCAGCGUAUAUCACAGCGGAAGAUCUGACGAGCCAGCACCGAAACCCGAAGAAGAGCAGCCGCUCGAUAUUGCUGAAGCAGCAAAGACCUUCGGAGACAAAAUCACCGGAUUAUUCAAGAGACGGCCAACAAUUCCAGACUAUCCAACGUCAGAACCCUACGAAGGUCCACUCGAGGACACGAAGAAGCGAGAAGACAUUGAAUCUCAGCCGCUUCACACUAUUGUCACCGUGUACCACAGUGGACGGUCCGAUGUUCCUCAAGAACCAAUCACACGAGCGGUUCCCGUGGAAACUGUUCCAACCAAGGACAUGUACUACGAUUACCCUACCACUGAAGUCUACGAGGGACCGCUGGAUAGCACCACCCGCGUAACGGACAUUGAAGGUGAGCCGCUCACCUAUCACGUUAGCGUCUACCACAGCGGAAGAUCUGACGAACCAGCACCGAAACCCGAAGAAGAGCAGCCGCUCGAUAUUGCUGAAGCAGCAAAGACCCUUGGUGAGAAGAUCACUGGCUUGUUCAAGAGAGGCCCUGCUCACCUUGACUACCCAGUAUCAGAGAUCUAUGAAGGACCACUCGACAGCACGAACCGCACCACUGACAUUGAAGGUGAACCACUCACACACCAUGUCAGCGUAUAUCACAGCGGAAGAUCUGACGAGCCAGCACCGAAACCCGAAGAAGAGCAGCCGCUCGAUAUUGCUGAAGCAGCAAAGACCUUCGGAGACAAAAUCACCGGAUUAUUCAAGAGACGGCCAACAAUUCCAGACUAUCCAACGUCAGAACCCUACGAAGGUCCACUCGAGGACACGAAGAAGCGAGAAGACAUUGAAUCUCAGCCGCUUCACACUAUUGUCACCGUGUACCACAGUGGACGGUCCGAUGUUCCUCAAGAACCAAUCACACGAGCGGUUCCCGUGGAAACUGUUCCAACCAAGGACAUGUACUACGAUUACCCUACCACUGAAGUCUACGAGGGACCGCUGGAUAGCACCACCCGCGUAACGGACAUUGAAGGUGAGCCGCUCACCUAUCACGUUAGCGUCUACCACAGCGGAAGAUCUGACGAACCAGCACCGAAACCCGAAGAAGAGCAGCCGCUCGAUAUUGCUGAAGCAGCAAAGACCCUUGGUGAGAAGAUCACUGGCUUGUUCAAGAGAGGCCCUGCUCACCUUGACUACCCAGUAUCAGAGAUCUAUGAAGGACCACUCGACAGCACGAACCGCACCACUGACAUUGAAGGUGAACCACUCACACACCAUGUCAGCGUAUAUCACAGCGGAAGAUCUGACGAGCCAGCACCGAAACCCGAUGAAGAGCGCCGCUCGAUAUUGCUGAAGCAGCGAAACCUCGGGAAAAUCACCGCGGAUCGCGAGCCAGAAACCGAAGAAGAGCAGCCGCUCGAUAUUGCUGAAGCAGCAAAGACCCUUGGCCUUGAGAGACAAAGAUCACUGGCUUGUUCAAGAGAGGCCCUGCUCACCUUGACUACCCAGUAUCAGAGAUCUAUGAAGGACCACUCGGACAGCACGAACCGCACCACUGACAUUGAAGGUGAACCACUCACACACCAUGUCAGCGUAUAUCACAGCGGAAGAUCUGACGAGCCAGCACCGAAACCCGAAGAAGAGCAGCCGCUCGAUAUUGCUGAAGCAGCAAAGACCUUCGGAGACAAAAUCACCGGAUUAUUCAAGAGACGGCCAACAAUUCCAGACUAUCCAACGUCAGAACCCUACGAAGGUCCACUCGAGGACACGAAGAAGCGAGAAGACAUUGAAUCUCAGCCGCUUCACACUAUUGUCACCGUGUACCACAGUGGACGGUCCGAUGUUCCUCAAGAACCAAUCACACGAGCGGUUCCCGUGGAAACUGUUCCAACCAAGGACAUGUACUACGAUUACCCUACCACUGAAGUCUACGAGGGACCGCUGGAUAGCACCACCCGCGUAACGGACAUUGAAGGUGAGCCGCUCACCUAUCACGUUAGCGUCUACCACAGCGGAAGAUCUGACGAACCAGCACCGAAACCCGAAGAAGAGCAGCCGCUCGAUAUUGCUGAAGCAGCAAAGACCCUUGGUGAGAAGAUCACUGGCUUGUUCAAGAGAGGCCCUGCUCACCUUGACUACCCAGUAUCAGAGAUCUAUGAAGGACCACUCGACAGCACGAACCGCACCACUGACAUUGAAGGUGAACCACUCACACACCAUGUCAGCGUAUAUCACAGCGGAAGAUCUGACGAGCCAGCACCGAAACCCGAAGAAGAGCAGCCGCUCGAUAUUGCUGAAGCAGCAAAGACCCUUGGUGAGAAGAUCACUGGCUUGUUCAAGAGAGGCCCUGCUCACCUUGACUACCCAGUAUCAGAGAUCUAUGAAGGACCACUCGACAGCACGAACCGCACCACUGACAUUGAAGGUGAACCACUCACACACCAUUCACUUCAUGUCAGCGUAUAUCACAGCGGAAGAUCUGACGAGCCAGCACCGAAACCCGAAGAAGAGCAGCCGCUCGAUAUUGCUGAAGCAGCAAAGACCUUCGGAGACAAAAUCACCGGAUUAUUCAAGAGACGGCCAACAAUUCCAGACUAUCCAACGUCAGAACCCUACGAAGGUCCACUCGAGGACACGAAGAAGCGAGAAGACAUUGAAUCUCAGCCGCUUCACACUAUUGUCACCGUGUACCACAGUGGACGGUCCGAUGUUCCUCAAGAACCAAUCACACGAGCGGUUCCCGUGGAAACUGUUCCAACCAAGGACAUGUACUACGAUUACCCUACCACUGAAGUCUACGAGGGACCGCUGGAUAGCACCACCCGCGUAACGGACAUUGAAGGUGAGCCGCUCACCUAUCACGUUAGCGUCUACCACAGCGGAAGAUCUGACGAACCAGCACCGAAACCCGAAGAAGAGCAGCCGCUCGAUAUUGCUGAAGCAGCAAAGACCCUUGGUGAGAAGAUCACUGGCUUGUUCAAGAGAGGCCCUGCUCACCUUGACUACCCAGUAUCAGAGAUCUAUGAAGGACCACUCGACAGCACGAACCGCACCACUGACAUUGAAGGUGAACCACUCACACACCAUGUCAGCGUAUAUCACAGCGGAAGAUCUGACGAGCCAGCACCGAAACCCGAAGAAGAGCAGCCGCUCGAUAUUGCUGAAGCAGCAAAGACCUUAGGUGAACCACUCACACACCAUGUCAGCGUAUAUCACAGCGGAAGAUCUGACGAGCCAGCACCGAAACCCGAAGAAGAGCAGCCGCUCGAUAUUGCUGAAGCAGCAAAGACCUUCGGAGACAAAAUCACCGGAUUAUUCAAGAGAGGCCCUGCUCACCUUGACUACCCAGUAUCAGAGAUCUAUGAAGGACCACUCGACAGCACGAACCGCACCACUGACAUUGAAGGUGAACCACUCACACACCAUGUCAGCGUAUAUCACAGCGGAAGAUCUGACGAGCCAGCACCGAAACCCGAAGAAGAGCAGCCGCUCGAUAUUGCUGAAGCAGCAAAGACCUUCGGAGACAAAAUCACCGGAUUAUUCAAGAGACGGCCAACAAUUCCAGACUAUCCAACGUCAGAACCCUACGAAGGUCCACUCGAGGACACGAAGAAGCGAGAAGACAUUGAAUCUCAGCCGCUUCACACUAUUGUCACCGUGUACCACAGUGGACGGUCCGAUGUUCCUCAAGAACCAAUCACACGAGCGGUUCCCGUGGAAACUGUUCCAACCAAGGACAUGUACUACGAUUACCCUACCACUGAAGUCUACGAGGGACCGCUGGAUAGCACCACCCGCGUAACGGACAUUGAAGGUGAGCCGCUCACCUAUCACGUUAGCGUCUACCACAGCGGAAGAUCUGACGAACCAGCACCGAAACCCGAAGAAGAGCAGCCGCUCGAUAUUGCUGAAGCAGCAAAGACCCUUGGUGAGAAGAUCACUGGCUUGUUCAAGAGAGGCCCUGCUCACCUUGACUACCCAGUAUCAGAGAUCUAUGAAGGACCACUCGACAGCACGAACCGCACCACUGACAUUGAAGGUGAACCACUCACACACCAUGUCAGCGUAUAUCACAGCGGAAGAUCUGACGAGCCAGCACCGAAACCCGAAGAAGAGCAGCCGCUCGAUAUUGCUGAAGCAGCAAAGACCUUCGGAGACAAAAUCACCGGAUUAUUCAAGAGACGGCCAACAAUUCCAGACUAUCCAACGUCAGAACCCUACGAAGGUCCACUCGAGGACACGAAGAAGCGAGAAGACAUUGAAUCUCAGCCGCUUCACACUAUUGUCACCGUGUACCACAGUGGACGGUCCGAUGUUCCUCAAGAACCAAUCACACGAGCGGUUCCCGUGGAAACUGUUCCAACCAAGGACAUGUACUACGAUUACCCUACCACUGAAGUCUACGAGGGACCGCUGGAUAGCACCACCCGCGUAACGGACAUUGAAGGUGAGCCGCUCACCUAUCACGUUAGCGUCUACCACAGCGGAAGAUCUGACGAACCAGCACCGAAACCCGAAGAAGAGCAGCCGCUCGAUAUUGCUGAAGCAGCAAAGACCUUUGGUGACAAGAUCACAGGCUUGUUCAAGAGACGGCCCAACAUUCCUGACUACCCAAUGUCAGAGACCCUACGAAGGUCCACUCGAGGACACGAACCGAAGCCAGAAGACAUUGAAGGACAUUCUACGAUUACCCUACCACGAAGUCUACGAGCCGCUGGAAAAACCGAAGAAGAGCAGCCGCUCGAUAUUGCUGAAGCAGCAAAGACCCUUGGUGAGAAGAUCACUGGCUUGUUCAAGAGAGGCCCUGCUCACCUUGACUACCCAGUAUCAGAGAUCUAUGAAGGACCACUCGACAGCACGAACCGCACCACUGACAUUGAAGCGGAAGAUCUGACGAGACCAGCACCGAAACCCGAAGAAGAGCAGCCGCUCGAUAUUGCUGAAGCAGCAAAGACCCUUGGUGAGAAGAUCACUGGCUUGUUCAAGAGAGGCCCUGCUCACCUUGACUACCCAGUAUCAGAGAUCUAUGAAGGACCACUCGACAGCACGAACCGCACCACUGACAUUGAAGGUGAACCACUCACACACCAUGUCAGCGUAUAUCACAGCGGAAGAUCUGACGAGCCAGCACCGAAACCCGAAGAAGAGCAGCCGCUCGAUAUUGCUGAAGCAGCAAAGACCUUCGGAGACAAAAUCACCGGAUUAUUCAAGAGACGGCCAACAAUUCCAGACUAUCCAACGUCAGAACCCUACGAAGGUCCACUCGAGGACACGAAGAAGCGAGAAGACAUUGAAUCUCAGCCGCUUCACACUAUUGUCACCGUGUACCACAGUGGACGGUCCGAUGUUCCUCAAGAACCAAUCACACGAGCGGUUCCCGUGGAAACUGUUCCAACCAAGGACAUGUACUACGAUUACCCUACCACUGAAGUCUACGAGGGACCGCUGGAUAGCACCACCCGCGUAACGGACAUUGAAGGUGAGCCGCUCACCUAUCACGUUAGCGUCUACCACAGCGGAAGAUCUGACGAACCAGCACCGAAACCCGAAGAAGAGCAGCCGCUCGAUAUUGCUGAAGCAGCAAAGACCCUUGGUGAGAAGAUCACUGGCUUGUUCAAGAGAGGCCCUGCUCACCUUGACUACCCAGUAUCAGAGAUCUAUGAAGGACCACUCGACAGCACGAACCGCACCACUGACAUUGAAGGUGAACCACUCACACACCAUGUCAGCGUAUAUCACAGCGGAAGAUCUGACGAGCCAGCACCGAAACCCGAAGAAGAGCAGCCGCUCGAUAUUGCUGAAGCAACAAGACCCUUGAUCUAUGAAGGACCACUCGACAGCACGAACCGCACCACUGACAUUGAAGGUGAACCACUCACACACCAUGUCAGCGUAUAUCACAGCGGAAGAUCUGACGAGCCAGCACCGAAACCCGAAGAAGAGCAGCCGCUCGAUAUUGCUGAAGCAGCAAAGACCUUCGGAGACAAAAUCACCGGAUUAUUCAAGAGACGGCCAACAAUUCCAGACUAUCCAACGUCAGAACCCUACGAAGGUCCACUCGAGGACACGAAGAAGCGAGAAGACAUUGAAUCUCAGCCGCUUCACACUAUUGUCACCGUGUACCACAGUGGACGGUCCGAUGUUCCUCAAGAACCAAUCACACGAGCGGUUCCCGUGGAAACUGUUCCAACCAAGGACAUGUACUACGAUUACCCUACCACUGAAGUCUACGAGGGACCGCUGGAUAGCACCACCCGCGUAACGGACAUUGAAGGUGAGCCGCUCACCUAUCACGUUAGCGUCUACCACAGCGGAAGAUCUGACGAACCAGCACCGAAACCCGAAGAAGAGCAGCCGCUCGAUAUUGCUGAAGCAGCAAAGACCUUGGCGAGAAGAUAUGGUUUGAGAGGCCCGCUCACCUUGACACCCAAAGAGCAGCCGCUCGAUAUUGCUGAAGCAGCAAAGACCCUUGGUGAGAAGAUCACUGGCUUGUUCAAGAGAGGCCCUGCUCACCUUGACUACCCAGUAUCAGAGAUCUAUGAAGGACCACUCGACAGCACGAACCGCACCACUGACAUUGAAGGUGAACCACUCACACACCAUGUCAGCGUAUAUCACAGCGGAAGAUCUGACGAGCCAGCACCGAAACCCGAAGAAGAGCAGCCGCUCGAUAUUGCUGAAGCAGCAAAGACCUUCGGAGACAAAAUCACCGGAUUAUUCAAGAGACGGCCAACAAUUCCAGACUAUCCAACGUCAGAACCCUACGAAGGUCCACUCGAGGACACGAAGAAGCGAGAAGACAUUGAAUCUCAGCCGCUUCACACUAUUGUCACCGUGUACCACAGUGGACGGUCCGAUGUUCCUCAAGAACCAAUCACACGAGCGGUUCCCGUGGAAACUGUUCCAACCAAGGACAUGUACUACGAUUACCCUACCACUGAAGUCUACGAGGGACCGCUGGAUAGCACCACCCGCGUAACGGACAUUGAAGGUGAGCCGCUCACCUAUCACGUUAGCGUCUACCACAGCGGAAGAUCUGACGAACCAGCACCGAAACCCGAAGAAGAGCAGCCGCUCGAUAUUGCUGAAGCAGCAAAGACCCUUGGUGAGAAGAUCACUGGCUUGUUCAAGAGAGGCCUUGCUCACCUUGACUACCCAGUAUCAGAGAUCUAUGAAGGACCACUCGACAGCACGAACCGCACCACUGACAUUGAAGGUGACCACUCCACACCAUGUCAGGUAUAUCCUAGCGGAAGGUCUGACGAGCCAGACGAAGAAAUUGAAGCAGCACUCGGUUUUGGAGCUAAGACCAAUAACCAGGGUGAGCCGCUCACCUAUCACGUUAGCGUCUACCACAGCGGAAGAUCUGACGAGCCAGCACCGAAACCCGAAGAAGAGCAGCCGCUCGAUAUUGCUGAAGCAGCAAAGACCUUCGGAGACAAAAUCACCGGAUUAUUCAAGAGACGGCCAACAAUUCCAGACUAUCCAACGUCAGAACCCUACGAAGGUCCACUCGAGGACACGAAGAAGCGAGAAGACAUUGAAUCUCAGCCGCUUCACACUAUUGUCACCGUGUACCACAGUGGACGGUCCGAUGUUCCUCAAGAACCAAUCACACGAGCGGUUCCCGUGGAAACUGUUCCAACCAAGGACAUGUACUACGAUUACCCUACCACUGAAGUCUACGAGGGACCGCUGGAUAGCACCACCCGCGUAACGGACAUUGAAGGUGAGCCGCUCACCUAUCACGUUAGCGUCUACCACAGCGGAAGAUCUGACGAACCAGCACCGAAACCCGAAGAAGAGCAGCCGCUCGAUAUUGCUGAAGCAGCAAAGACCCUUGGUGAGAAGAUCACUGGCUUGUUCAAGAGAGGCCCUGCUCACCUUGACUACCCAGUAUCAGAGAUCUAUGAAGGACCACUCGACAGCACGAACCGCACCACUGACAUUGAAGGUGAACCACUCACACACCAUGUCAGCGUAUAUCACAGCGGAAGAUCUGACGAGCCAGCACCGAAACCCGAAGAAGAGCAGCCGCUCGAUAUUGCUGAAGCAGCAAAGACCCUUGACUAUGGGCCACUCGACGCACGAACCGCCCUGACUUCCUACGAAGGUCCACUCGAGGACACGAAGAAGCGAGAAGACAUUGAAUCUCAGCCGCUUCACACUAUUGUCACCGUGUACCACAGUGGACGGUCCGAUGUUCCUCAAGAACCAAUCACACGAGCGCAGCCGCUCGAUAUUGCUGAAGCAGCAAAGACCCUUGGUGAGAAGAUCACUGGCUUGUUCAAGAGAGGCCCUGCUCACCUUGACUACCCAGUAUCAGAGAUCUAUGAAGGACCACUCGACAGCACGAACCGCACCACUGACAUUGAAGGUGAACCACUCACACACCAUGUCAGCGUAUAUCACAGCGGAAGAUCUGACGAGCCAGCACCGAAACCCGAAGAAGAGCAGCCGCUCGAUAUUGCUGAAGCAGCAAAGACCUUCGGAGACAAAAUCACCGGAUUAUUCAAGAGACGGCCAACAAUUCCAGACUAUCCAACGUCAGAACCCUACGAAGGUCCACUCGAGGACACGAAGAAGCGAGAAGACAUUGAAUCUCAGCCGCUUCACACUAUUGUCACCGUGUACCACAGUGGACGGUCCGAUGUUCCUCAAGAACCAAUCACACGAGCGGUUCCCGUGGAAACUGUUCCAACCAAGGACAUGUACUACGAUUACCCUACCACUGAAGUCUACGAGGGACCGCUGGAUAGCACCACCCGCGUAACGGACAUUGAAGGUGAGCCGCUCACCUAUCACGUUAGCGUCUACCACAGCGGAAGAUCUGACGAACCAGCACCGAAACCCGAAGAAGAGCAGCCGCUCGAUAUUGCUGAAGCAGCAAAGACCUUCGGAGACAAAAUCACCGGAUUAUUCAAGAGACGGCCAACAAUUCCAGACUAUCCAACGUCAGAACCCUACGAAGGUCCACUCGAGGACACGAAGAAGCGAGAAGACAUUGAAUCUCAGCCGCUUCACACUAUUGUCACCGUGUACCACAGUGGACGGUCCGAUGUUCCUCAAGAACCAAUCACACGAGCGGUUCCCGUGGAAACUGUUCCAACCAAGGACAUGUACUACGAUUACCCUACCACUGAAGUCUACGAGGGACCGCUGGAUAGCACCACCCGCGUAACGGACAUUGAAGGUGAGCCGCUCACCUAUCACGUUAGCGUCUACCACAGCGGAAGAUCUGACGAACCAGCACCGAAACCCGAAGAAGAGCAGCCGCUCGAUAUUGCUGAAGCAGCAAAGACCUUCGGAGACAAAAUCACCGGAUUAUUCAAGAGACGGCCAAAUUCCUUAGACUAUCCAACGUCAGAACCCUACGAAGGUCCACUCGAGGACACGAAGAAGCGAGAAGACAUUGAAUCUCAGCCGCUUCACACUAUUGUCACCGUGUACCACAGUGGACGGUCCGAUGUUCCUCAAGAACCAAUCACACGAGCGGUUCCCGUGGAAACUGUUCCAACCAAGGACAUGUACUACGAUUACCCUACCACUGAAGUCUACGAGGGACCGCUGGAUAGCACCACCCGCGUAACGGACAUUGAAGGUGAGCCGCUCACCUAUCACGUUAGCGUCUACCACAGCGGAAGAUCUGACGAACCAGCACCGAAACCCGAAGAAGAGCAGCCGCUCGAUAUUGCUGAAGCAGCAAAGACCCUUGGUGAGAAGAUCACUGGCUUGUUCAAGAGAGGCCCUGCUCACCUUGACUACCCAGUAUCAGAGAUCUAUGAAGGACCACUCGACAGCACGAACCGCACCACUGACAUUGAAGGUGAACCACUCACACACCAUGUCAGCGUAUAUCACAGCGGAAGAUCUGACGAGCCAGCACCGAAACCCGAAGAAGAGCAGCCGCUCGAUAUUGCUGAAGCAGCAAAGACCUUCGGAGACAAAAUCACCGGAUUAUUCAAGAGACGGCCAACAAUUCCAGACUAUCCAACGUCAGAACCCUACGAAGGUCCACUCGAGGACACGAAGAAGCGAGAAGACAUUGAAUCUCAGCCGCUUCACACUAUUGUCACCGUGUACCACAGUGGACGGUCCGAUGUUCCUCAAGAACCAAUCACACGAGCGGUUCCCGUGGAAACUGUUCCAACCAAGGACAUGUACUACGAUUACCCUACCACUGAAGUCUACGAGGGACCGCUGGAUAGCACCACCCGCGUAACGGACAUUGAAGGUGAGCCGCUCACCUAUCACGUUAGCGUCUACCACAGCGGAAGAUCUGACGAACCAGCACCGAAACCCGAAGAAGAGCAGCCGCUCGAUAUUGCUGAAGCAGCAAAGACCCUUGGUGAGAAGAUCACUGGCUUGUUCAAGAGAGGCCCUGCUCACCUUGACUACCCAGUAUCAGAGAUCUAUGAAGGACCACUCGACAGCACGAACCGCACCACUGACAUUGAAGCACCGAAACCCGAAGAAGAGCAGCCGCUCGAUAUUGCUGAAGCAGCAAAGACCUUCGGAGACAAAAUCACCGGAUUAUUCAAGAGACGGCCAACAAUUCCAGACUAUCCAACGUCAGAACCCUACGAAGGUCCACUCGAGGACACGAAGAAGCGAGAAGACAUUGAAUCUCAGCCGCUUCACACUAUUGUCACCGUGUACCACAGUGGACGGUCCGAUGUUCCUCAAGAACCAAUCACACGAGCGGUUCCCGUGGAAACUGUUCCAACCAAGGACAUGUACUACGAUUACCCUACCACUGAAGUCUACGAGGGACCGCUGGAUAGCACCACCCGCGUAACGGACGUUGAAGUGGAAGAGCCGCUCGACACUAGAUCACAAGAGCAGCCGCUCGAUAUUGCUGAAGCAGCAAAGACCCUUGGUGAGAAGAUCACUGGCUUGUUCAAGAGAGGCCCUGCUCACCUUGACUACCCAGUAUCAGAGAUCUAUGAAGGACCACUCGACAGCACGAACCGCACCACUGACAUUGAAGGUGAACCACUCACACACCAUGUCAGCGUAUAUCACAGCGGAAGAUCUGACGAGCCAGCACCGAAACCCGAAGAAGAGCAGCCGCUCGAUAUUGCUGAAGCAGCAAAGACCUUCGGAGACAAAAUCACCGGAUUAUUCAAGAGACGGCCAACAAUUCCAGACUAUCCAACGUCAGAACCCUACGAAGGUCCACUCGAGGACACGAAGAAGCGAGAAGACAUUGAAUCUCAGCCGCUUCACACUAUUGUCACCGUGUACCACAGUGGACGGUCCGAUGUUCCUCAAGAACCAAUCACACGAGCGGUUCCCGUGGAAACUGUUCCAACCAAGGACAUGUACUACGAUUACCCUACCACUGAAGUCUACGAGGGACCGCUGGAUAGCACCACCCGCGUAACGGACAUUGAAGGUGAGCCGCUCACCUAUCACGUUAGCGUCUACCACAGCGGAAGAUCUGACGAACCAGCACCGAAACCCGAAGAAGAGCAGCCGCUCGAUAUUGCUGAAGCAGCAAAGACCCUUGGUGAGAAGAUCACUGGCUUGUUCAAGAGAGGCCCUGCUCACCUUGACUACCCAGUAUCAGAGAUCUAUGAAGGACCACUCGACAGCACGAACCGCACCACUGACAUUGAAGGUGAACCACUCACACACCAUGUCAGCGUAUAUCACAGCGGAAGAUCUGACGAGCCAGCACCGAAACCCGAAGAAGAGCAGCCGCUCGAUAUUGCUGAAGCAGCAAAGACCUUCGGAGACAAAAUCACCGGAUUAUUCAAGAGACGGCCAACAAUUCCAGACUAUCCAACGUCAGAACCCUACGAAGGUCCACUCGAGGACACGAAGAAGCGAGAAGACAUUGAAUCUCAGCCGCUUCACACUAUUGUCACCGUGUACCACAGUGGACGGUCCGAUGUUCCUCAAGAACCAAUCACACGAGCGGUUCCCGUGGAAACUGUUCCAACCAAGGACAUGUACUACGAUUACCCUACCACUGAAGUCUACGAGGGACCGCUGGAUAGCACCACCCGCGUAACGGACAUUGAAGGUGAGCCGCUCACCUAUCACGUUAGCGUCUACCACAGCGGAAGAUCUGACGAACCAGCACCGAAACCCGAAGAAGAGCAGCCGCUCGAUAUUGCUGAAGCAGCAAAGACCCUUGGUGAGAAGAUCACUGGCUUGUUCAAGAGAGGCCCUGCUCACCUUGACUACCCAGUAUCAGAGAUCUAUGAAGGACCACUCGACAGCACGAACCGCACCACUGACAUUGAAGGUGAGCCGCUCACCUAUCACGUUAGCGUCUACCACAGCGGAAGAUCUGACGAGCCAGCACCGAAACCCGAAGAAGAGCAGCCGCUCGAUAUUGCUGAAGCAGCAAAGACCUUCGGAGACAAAAUCACCGGAUUAUUCAAGAGACGGCCAACAAUUCCAGACUAUCCAACGUCAGAACCCUACGAAGGUCCACUCGAGGACACGAAGAAGCGAGAAGACAUUGAAUCUCAGCCGCUUCACACUAUUGUCACCGUGUACCACAGUGGACGGUCCGAUGUUCCUCAAGAACCAAUCACACGAGCGGUUCCCGUGGAAACUGUUCCAACCAAGGACAUGUACUACGAUUACCCUACCACUGAAGUCUACGAGGGACCGCUGGAUAGCACCACCCGCGUAACGGACAUUGAAGGUGAGCCGCUCACCUAUCACGUUAGCGUCUACCACAGCGGAAGAUCUGACGAACCAGCACCGAAACCCGAAGAAGAGCAGCCGCUCGAUAUUGCUGAAGCAGCAAAGACCCUUGGUGAGAAGAUCACUGGCUUGUUCAAGAGAGGCCCUGCUCACCUUGACUACCCAGUAUCAGAGAUCUAUGAAGGACCACUCGACAGCACGAACCGCACCACUGACAUUGAAGGUGAACCACUCACACACCAUGUCAGCGUAUAUCACAGCGGAAGAUCUGACGAGCCAGCACCGAAACCCGAAGAAGAGCAGCCGCUCGAUAUUGCUGAAGAGAAAGACUUAGCAAGGCAAAGACCUUCGGGAGAUAGACAAAAUCACCGGAUUAUUCAAGAGACGGCCAACAAUUCCAGACUAUCCAACCCGCUUCACACUAUUGUCACCGUGUACCACAGUGGACGGUCCGAUGUUCCUCAAGAACCAAUCACACGAGCGGUUCCCGUGGAAACUGUUCCAACCAAGGACAUGUACUACGAUUACCCUACCACUGAAGUCUACGAGGGACCGCUGGAUAGCACCACCCGCGUAACGGACAUUGAAGGUGAGCCGCUCACCUAUCACGUUAGCGUCUACCACAGCGGAAGAUCUGACGAACCAGCACCGAAACCCGAAGAAGAGCAGCCGCUCGAUAUUGCUGAAGCAGCAAAGACCCUUGGUGAGAAGAUCACUGGCUUGUUCAAGAGAGGCCCUGCUCACCUUGACUACCCAGUAUCAGAGAUCUAUGAAGGACCACUCGACAGCACGAACCGCACCACUGACAUUGAAGGUGAACCACUCACACACCAUGUCAGCGUAUAUCACAGCGGAAGAUCUGACGAGCCAGCACCGAAACCCGAAGAAGAGCAGCCGCUCGAUAUUGCUGAAGCAGCAAAGACCUUCGGAGACAAAAUCACCGGAUUAUUCAAGAGACGGCCAACAAUUCCAGACUAUCCAACGUCAGAACCCUACGAAGGUCCACUCGAGGACACGAAGAAGCGAGAAGACAUUGAAUCUCAGCCGCUUCACACUAUUGUCACCGUGUACCACAGUGGACGGUCCGAUGUUCCUCAAGAACCAAUCACACGAGCGGUUCCCGUGGAAACUGUUCCAACCAAGGACAUGUACUACGAUUACCCUACCACUGAAGUCUACGAGGGACCGCUGGAUAGCACCACCCGCGUAACGGACAUUGAAGGUGAGCCGCUCACCUAUCACGUUAGCGUCUACCACAGCGGAAGAUCUGACGAACCAGCACCGAAACCCGAAGAAGAGCAGCCGCUCGAUAUUGCUGAAGCAGCAAAGACCCUUGGUGAGAAGAUCACUGGCUUGUUCAAGAGAGGCCCUGCUCACCUUGACUACCCAGUAUCAGAGAUCUAUGAAGGACCACUCGACAGCACGAACCGCACCACUGACAUUGAAGGUGAACCACUCACACACCAUGUCAGCGUAUAUCACAGCGGAAGAUCUGACGAGCCAGCACCGAAACCCGAAGAAGAGCAGCCGCUCGAUAUUGCUGAAGCAGCAAAGACCUUCGGAGACAAAAUCACCGGAUUAUUCAAGAGACGGCCAACAAUUCCAGACUAUCCAACGUCAGAACCCUACGAAGGUCCACUCGAGGACACGAAGAAGCGAGAAGACAUUGAAUCUCAGCCGCUUCACACUAUUGUCACCGUGUACCACAGUGGACGGUCCGAUGUUCCUCAAGAACCAAUCACACGAGCGGUUCCCGUGGAAACUGUUCCAACCAAGGACAUGUACUACGAUUACCCUACCACUGAAGUCUACGAGGGACCGCUGGAUAGCACCACCCGCGUAACGGACAUUGAAGGUGAGCCGCUCACCUAUCACGUUAGCGUCUACCACAGCGGAAGAUCUGACGAACCAGCACCGAAACCCGAAGAAGAGCAGCCGCUCGAUAUUGCUGAAGCAGCAAAGACCCUUGGUGAGAAGAUCACUGGCUUGUUCAAGAAAUGCUAUUACUUCGUCUUAGGACCUCCCCUUGAAGAGAUCUAUGAAGGACCACUCGACAGCACGAACCGCACCACUGACAUUGAAGGUGAACCACUCACACACCAUGUCAGCGUAUAUCACAGCGGAAGAUCUGACGAGCCAGCACCGAAACCCGAAGAAGAGCAGCCGCUCGAUAUUGCUGAAGCAGCAAAGACCUUCGGAGACAAAAUCACCGGAUUAUUCAAGAGACGGCCAACAAUUCCAGACUAUCCAACGUCAGAACCCUACGAAGGUCCACUCGAGGACACGAAGAAGCGAGAAGACAUUGAAUCUCAGCCGCUUCACACUAUUGUCACCGUGUACCACAGUGGACGGUCCGAUGUUCCUCAAGAACCAAUCACACGAGCGGUUCCCGUGGAAACUGUUCCAACCAAGGACAUGUACUACGAUUACCCUACCACUGAAGUCUACGAGGGACCGCUGGAUAGCACCACCCGCGUAACGGACAUUGAAGGUGAGCCGCUCACCUAUCACGUUAGCGUCUACCACAGCGGAAGAUCUGACGAACCAGCACCGAAACCCGAAGAAGAGCAGCCGCUCGAUAUUGCUGAAGCAGCAAAGACCCUUGGUGAGAAGAUCACUGGCUUGUUCAAGAGAGGCCCUGCUCACCUUGACUACCCAGUAUCAGAGAUCUAUGAAGGACCACUCGACAGCACGAACCGCACCACUGACAUUGAAGGUGAACCACUCACACACCAUGUCAGCGUAUAUCACAGCGGAAGAUCUGACGAGCCAGCACCGAAACCCGAAGAAGAGCAGCCGCUCGAUAUUGCUGAAGCAGCAAAGACCUUCGGAGACAAAAUCACCGGAUUAUUCAAGAGACGGCCAACAAUUCCAGACUAUCCAACGUCAGAACCCUACGAAGGUCCACUCGAGGACACGAAGAAGCGAGAAGACAUUGAAUCUCAGCCGCUUCACACUAUUGUCACCGUGUACCACAGUGGACGGUCCGAUGUUCCUCAAGAACCAAUCACACGAGCGGUUCCCGUGGAAACUGUUCCAACCAAGGACAUGUACUACGAUUACCCUACCACUGAAGUCUACGAGGGACCGCUGGAUAGCACCACCCGCGUAACGGACAUUGAAGGUGAGCCGCUCACCUAUCACGUUGGCUCUUUAAACAAGAAAAGUGCCACUCGACAGCACGAACCGCACACUGACAUUGAAGGUGACCCUCACGUUAGCGUCUACCACAGCGGAAGAUCUGACGAGCCAGCACCGAAACCCGAAGAAGAGCAGCCGCUCGAUAUUGCUGAAGCAGCAAAGACCCUUGGUGAGAAGAUCACUGGCUUGUUCAAGAGAGGCCCUGCUCACCUUGACUACCCAGUAUCAGAGAUCUAUGAAGGACCACUCGACAGCACGAACCGCACCACUGACAUUGAAGGUGAACCACUCACACACCAUGUCAGCGUAUAUCACAGCGGAAGAUCUGACGAGCCAGCACCGAAACCCGAAGAAGAGCAGCCGCUCGAUAUUGCUGAAGCAGCAAAGACCUUCGGAGACAAAAUCACCGGAUUAUUCAAGAGACGGCCAACAAUUCCAGACUAUCCAACGUCAGAACCCUACGAAGGUCCACUCGAGGACACGAAGAAGCGAGAAGACAUUGAAUCUCAGCCGCUUCACACUAUUGUCACCGUGUACCACAGUGGACGGUCCGAUGUUCCUCAAGAACCAAUCACACGAGCGGUUCCCGUGGAAACUGUUCCAACCAAGGACAUGUACUACGAUUACCCUACCACUGAAGUCUACGAGGGACCGCUGGAUAGCACCACCCGCGUAACGGACAUUGAAGGUGAGCCGCUCACCUAUCACGUUAGCGUCUACCACAGCGGAAGAUCUGACGAACCAGCACCGAAACCCGAAGAAGAGCAGCCGCUCGAUAUUGCUGAAGCAGCAAAGACCCUUGGUGAGAAGAUCACUGGCUUGUUCAAGAGAGGCCCUGCUCACCUUGACUACCCAGUAUCAGAGAUCUAUGAAGGACCACUCGACAGCACGAACCGCACCACUGACAUUGAAGGUGAACCACUCACACACCAUGUCAGCGUAUAUCACAGCGGAAGAUCUGACGAGCCAGCACCGAAACCCGAAGAAGAGCAGCCGCUCGAUAUUGCUGAAGCAGCAAAGACCUUCGGAGACAAAAUCACCGGAUUAUUCAAGAGACGGCCAACAAUUCCAGACUAUCCAACGUCAGAGACCCUACGAAGACUAACCCUACGAAGGUCGAGGACACGGAAGCGAGAAGACAUUAAUCAGCCACAGUGGGUCGUUUCCUCAGACCAAUCACGAGCGGUUCCCGUGGAAACUGUUCCAACCAAGGACAUGUACUACGAUUACCCUACCACUGAAGUCUACGAGGGACCGCUGGAUAGCACCACCCGCGUAACGGACAUUGAAGGUGAGCCGCUCACCUAUCACGUUAGCGUCUACCACAGCGGAAGAUCUGACGAACCAGCACCGAAACCCGAAGAAGAGCAGCCGCUCGAUAUUGCUGAAGCAGCAAAGACCCUUGGUGAGAAGAUCACUGGCUUGUUCAAGAGAGGCCCUGCUCACCUUGACUACCCAGUAUCAGAGAUCUAUGAAGGACCACUCGACAGCACGAACCGCACCACUGACAUUGAAGGUGAACCACUCACACACCAUGUCAGCGUAUAUCACAGCGGAAGAUCUGACGAGCCAGCACCGAAACCCGAAGAAGAGCAGCCGCUCGAUAUUGCUGAAGCAGCAAAGACCUUCGGAGACAAAAUCACCGGAUUAUUCAAGAGACGGCCAACAAUUCCAGACUAUCCAACGUCAGAACCCUACGAAGGUCCACUCGAGGACACGAAGAAGCGAGAAGACAUUGAAUCUCAGCCGCUUCACACUAUUGUCACCGUGUACCACAGUGGACGGUCCGAUGUUCCUCAAGAACCAAUCACACGAGCGGUUCCCGUGGAAACUGUUCCAACCAAGGACAUGUACUACGAUUACCCUACCACUGAAGUCUACGAGGGACCGCUGGAUAGCACCACCCGCGUAACGGACAUUGAAGGUGAGCCGCUCACCUAUCACGUUAGCGUCUACCACAGCGGAAGAUCUGACGAACCAGCACCGAAACCCGAAGAAGAGCAGCCGCUCGAUAUUGCUGAAGCAGCAAAGACCCUUGGUGAGAAGAUCACUGGCUUGUUCAAGAGAGGCCCUGCUCACCUUGACUACCCAGUAUCAGAGAUCUAUGAAGGACCACUCGACAGCACGAACCGCACCACUGACAUUGAAGGUGAACCUAAACACCAUGUCAGCGUAUAUCACAGCGGAAGAUCUGACGAGCCAGCACCGAAACCCGAAGAAGAGCAGCCGCUCGAUAUUGCUGAAGCAGCAAAGACCUUCGGAGACAAAAUCACCGGAUUAUUCAAGAGACGGCCAACAAUUCCAGACUAUCCAACGUCAGAACCCUACGAAGGUCCACUCGAGGACACGAAGAAGCGAGAAGACAUUGAAUCUCAGCCGCUUCACACUAUUGUCACCGUGUACCACAGUGGACGGUCCGAUGUUCCUCAAGAACCAAUCACACGAGCGGUUCCCGUGGAAACUGUUCCAACCAAGGACAUGUACUACGAUUACCCUACCACUGAAGUCUACGAGGGACCGCUGGAUAGCACCACCCGCGUAACGGACAUUGAAGGUGAGCCGCUCACCUAUCACGUUAGCGUCUACCACAGCGGAAGAUCUGACGAACCAGCACCGAAACCCGAAGAAGAGCAGCCGCUCGAUAUUGCUGAAGCAGCAAAGACCCUUGGUGAGAAGAUCACUGGCUUGUUCAAGAGAGGCCCUGCUCACCUUGACUACCCAGUAUCAGAGAUCUAUGAAGGACCACUCGACAGCACGAACCGCACUAGCGACCUUGAAGAAAAGCCACUUACACAUCAUGUCAGCGUAUACCACAGCGGAAGAUCUGACGAAUUUAUUACUAGAUCGAAUGGUAAGGUUGAUCAUCAUCUUUUCCUUGAAGAGACGGCAACUCAAGUUAAGAAAUCUCCACGUAGUGGGUAUCCUGCCUCUGGUGUUUAUGACGGACCACUGGAAACUACCUACUUUUCCUCAGAUAUUGAUGAAGAACCAGUCACACAUCACGUCAGUGUGUUCCAUCGUGAUGAUAGUUGGGAUAAGUAUCGUCCUUGUGCGGAAAUUAUACGUAUGCAACCAGAUCGAGUAGAGAGACUUGACUUGGAUAAAGAUCAGAAAAAGGUUGAUCUGGAUAUUCACUUCAAUAUAAAACCACAGGAGAUAUACGAGAUGCAAAAGCGUCAAUACGAGGAAACAAAAUCAUCAUUGGAGGAACCUCCUGUGUUUUUGAGUGCCGACAACUUGGAACGAGACCAGAAGCCGGUCGGUUUUUCUGUUUCAAUAAGUGCUCGUCAGCCAGAGGAUCGCACAGGAUCCGAGCUAUUCUCUUCAGUUUCUCGAGAAUCAUCCUCGGAUAAAAAGUACCUGCGAGGUCAGUCAACCAGAAAUGAGCGCAGUCAGAAGCACCGUCUUUCUCCCCAUACCUGGACGACAGUUAAAGAACGAACGGAGGUGACGUAUGUGAGAAAACUUCGUGUUGAAAGAUCGCUCAGCCCAAGACAUUCUUCCCCUCCACGCUCAAGCUUUAUUAAAAGAGUUCCUUACAGUCCGAGUGUUGUAGCAACAGCAGAUCGUGCUUAUACGUGCCGGUCCAAAAACUUUGACGAGCGUGUGAUGGUUCAUCAUCCCAUAUAUCCUCCUCAUCAAUCUCUCUACCGCAAUGGCACGUACGGUAAUGGUGAUUCUCGGAAUGGUCGUGCAAGCGCGUACAGUCCUGUACGUGAAGUUGCCGCAUUUGAUAGAACAGAGUGGAUUGAUCAACGCCCCAGCUACAUACCACCAAAUCGUCGAGCAGAUGAAAUUUUCACUGUGGGCACACCGUUUAUCAUGGGUCACGUAGAGCGUGACGAUAAUGGAUGUGCUUACCUCCGAUAUCAGAGCAGUGGACUUCAAGAGCGCCCUCCAUUGCCCGAACGCUUGGACGACCUGCCUAUGAUUGAGGAAGGAGCUAUCGAAUGUCGCCGCGCCACUAUACGAGCAGGCUUGCGGGACAUGGAUACAGUUGGCCUUGUGCAAGAUGAAGAAGAACUCGAACGACGUCGACGACCAAUUCGCAGAGCGCGACAGCGAAUGCGCAGCUACUGCACCAUGCUUUGA